AUUAUAUUAGGACUCCCGUCUUAAAUCCCACAAAUCAAUAAACAAAAUCUUUGGACUUCAAGACGCGCGAGAGAGAUCUGCUUGAAAAAUAGAAGCAAAAAUGAUGUCCGGAGGUUAUACAAGCAUUGAUAAUCAGAAAGUUUCUGGAUCUGUUCCUGCGGUUUCAGAUCCCGGUCAUAUUGCCGUUAAAUUUACAGAUUCGAACCUUGAAACAUUUCCUCCAUCGGGUGCACAGGGGAAAAUCUCUGGCGGAACUCAACCUCCUCGUGAUGCCGAUGAUACUUUUUCAAAACCUGCUGGUGGAUCUAGAUCUGAUGAAGCACAGGGAGGUGGCUGGUUUCGUACAUUCACUGUUGUUGCAUACAAGCCAUACUUUGAUGUUGACACUUCAGAUGUUGUAGAUAGACUUAAGGAGUCACUCUUUCCAUUUAGAGGAACAUUUACAGAGAAAACGGCUUCCAACCCGGAUUUAUACGGACCAUUCUGGAUAUGCACCACUCUUAUAUUUGUUGCAGCGUCUAUUGGAACUUUUGUGACUUACGUGGCGCACAAGCUCAAGAAUAAGGAAUGGGAUUAUGACAUAAAUCUAGUGACUUGGUCUGCUGGUGUGUUCUAUGGCUAUGUCACUGUGGUUCCUCUUGCCUUGUAUGUUAUUCUCAAGUACUUUUCAGCACCAUCAGGCCUUGUCCAGCUCUUUUGUCUGUAUGGAUAUUCCCUGUUUGUCUUUAUUCCCGCACUGUGUCUAUCGGUUUUCCCGUUGGACAUUUUCAGAUGGGUAAUUGCGGGUGUAGCUGGGUUCAUGUCAGCAACUUUUGUGGCACUUAAUCUAAAAGCUCAUAUUAACUCAGCUGGAGAAAGAUGGUUCUUGAUCGUCAGUGGCAUCUUUCUGUUGCAGUUGGCUCUGUCUGUUGUGCUCAAACUCUAUUUGUUCACUGUUUCCGUUUAAGAUUAUACUUCCUUUGAUGAAGCAAACCCAUUUUAGUUGUAGAUCAGGAGAGAGAAAAAAAAGAGAGCAUGUUGGUCCAUUGGCUUUUAAUUGCUAGUUGCUACGGUUUUGGGCUUUAACUAUUCUUCAUCAAGAGUUACAUCUUGUAUUCAUUCAUUUGUAUUGUGCUAUGUCAGAUAUAAAUACAAUCGACAUUUACUGUGUAAUUGCUUUU